UGGAUAGGAAGUGUAUACUUAGGUGUACAGAAGUUGCCAGCAAAGGUCAAGUAUAAAAUAUUUACUAGCGAUGUCAUGACACACACUUUAUCAUUAUCUAGCUGAAGAUUAACAGAGUCACUUGCAGAUGAAUCCGUAAACUGAACGUCUAUGAAAACCAUGAUGGCGACGUGUAUGAUUUUCAAACUUUUGUUCUGGAGCUUCCUUAUAACAGUAUUUAUGACAGAUUUAAAUUAUGGUCAAAGUCAUUUGGUAACGGACACUUUUUCAAGACAAAAGGAAACCGUUCUACUAAAGGAAAUACUUCAACUUGUCAAAAACCAAGCAGAGAAAAUGCAAACCUUAGAGAGAGAGCUUACAUCUAUGAAUGAUAAACUCUCUAAGUGCCUUUCCAUAUCAAGAUCAUUUCCUUCUGGACGCCAUGACGAGGAACAGCAAGAUACGACAACAUCUUUAAUCUCAAGAGAAAAAUCAACAACCCUUGAAACAAAUCCAACUAUGCAGUUAACAUCAGCUUCUGAUAUACCGAUUGUAAAAACGGAAGGAGAAACUGCAACUAGGCAGGAUUCUUUAUCAACAACAGAUACAGCAACAUCUGCAGUAAUGCACACCACGGAUCUUACUGGAACAUUUAUUGUGUCGACAAAACCUAUAUCGGUAUUCUCUGGAAAUCGAUGUCAGUUUCUAAAAAACGGAUGUAGUCACAUGAUGACGCAGUUACCCCCAACCACCGAAUUUGAUAAUAGAUACAUUGUACCCCCAUUCUAUGGUGAAUGGGGGACAUUGAUACAAGUGAUAAGUGAAAGACAGAGUUCCAUUAACAUCAGUGUCGGAAGCACAGUAUCAAUGUGGCACAUGCAAGAAAAAGAAUUCAAAAACACAGAAGUGACAACAGAUGAAACAACGAUUAUAGAGUCAACUAAUCCCGUCUUAGUUACUGGUUUUGGAAUGGGUUCCAGCAAUAACGAUCCUUACAUGACAGUCAUGCCCGGUGUCCAUCAAUAUAUCGACAACUACAAGAUUGUUAUUCCAGACGGAUAUAGAGAUAACUAUAUUUGUGUGAUAAUUCCGGAAAAGUCUAAAAAUUACCUUCAGAUAAAUGGUAUCCCGAUUGAAAGUAAUAUCACUGUGCGUCUAAGCUCUGCAGUUUUGGAUACCAUAUACAGCAUUUAUACAUUUAAAGUGAACAGUGGGGCAAAAGUUUUAUCGACAACUAAUAAUGCAGCAUUCGGGUUAAUUGCCUACAGUCACAGACAUUCCGAUGGAUAUGCAUUCGCUGGCAACUAUGUACUUCCGUAA